AUGACGGAUUUUGAUGACAUGGACACUUUUAGCGACCAUGCGGUGCAAGGAAAACCCAUCAAAGCUUUUAGAAAUGGCCACUUUGAUACCCCAAAAGUGCUGUUUGUGCAGCAGCAUUGGAGUUGGGAUGAAUUUUUGUGUGCAGCGUCUCAGCGUCUGGAGAUGAUUCCUAUGGCUUCGCGAGUGUUUAAUGCUGAUGGCGCUGAAAUUGAUGACAUCAUGUGCAUUGAAGAAAAUGACAUGCUUUUUUUUUCAACUGGGAGAUCUUUUAAGACACCUAGUUCUAGAGGAGAUGAUUCGAAAAGUAGUAGCGAUGACAAGGUCGCAAACAUUGUGGGAGGUUACAAGGUGACGAUUUUGCUUGGCAGAGGAGGCUUUGGAGAAGUGCGUUUGGGAGUGCAUCAACUUACGAAUGAUAAAGUGGCACUUAAGUUCAUUCUGAAAAGUGAAAUGGGAUCGUUAGGCGACGUCGAGCGUACGACGACGGAGAUCCAGUGCCUAACGGCAUUGAAUCACCCGAGUAUCAUUAAGUUAUUGCGCGUAAUUAACGAGCCGAAUCAUAUUGUGCUUGUUUUUGAACUGUUAGAAGGUGGUGACCUAUUUCACUACAUCAAACAGUUUCCAGGCGGUUUAUCGGAAGAGGAUAGCGUUGGAAUCUUUUCUCAAAUUAUUGGUGGUGUUGGGUACGCCCACAAUCAACACAUUUGCCACCGCGAUCUUAAGUUGGAGAAUAUUUUGCUCGCAAAUAAAAAUGACAUUUCGACGGCCAAGAUUGCAGAUUUUGGACUCAGCGAUUUCUACAAGCCCGGAGCGAUGAUGAAAACAAGUUGCGGAUCUAUUUCAUACUUGGCACCAGAAGUCUUUCGUGGGACAUCUAAUGCCGGUCCACCGCUUGAUGUAUGGAGUCUAGGUGUCAUUCUAUUUGCUAUCGUGUGCGGUCGAUUGCCUUUUGAAGGACCUGAUCUUCAAGGAACUAAUCGUCCGCGUGAAAAUGUAAUUCGAAAUCGUAUCAUGCGGUGCCAAUAUAAAUUAGACACAGAGCUAAGUCCAACACUUUCUGAUCUUGUGACACGAAUGCUCAAGCCUGAUCCAAGCGAGCGAGCAACUAUUCCAGAUAUUUUUAGCCAUCCGUGGAUGCGUGGCACAGGUAGUGCAUCGAGCUGUCUAGUCACUACCUUUGCCAGCGCAACGUUGCAUGAUAUUCUAGAUGACGAAAAGAUUGAGGACGAGAAAUUUGCGAUUACAUUAGCUGCUGCUCCUUCUAUAGUAACAGCCAAGGUUAAUGAAGAAGACAAGCUCCCAUUAAUAGCACAGCGAUAUCCUCGUACGGAUUCGACAGGUACAACACUAGGUGAAGCAACAACCCCUGUUUUGAAUGGUGGGACAGUAACGGGUGUAGGCGGAAAUUUCGCUUCAACUUGGGGACGAGUUCGCGCUGGUCGAAUUCUUAACAAUCCGCUUCGAAACAAGGGAACCAUAGUAGCAGAGAAAUUGUCACCACGGCAUUACGGGUCUGGAAGUUCGGGGACAAUGAAUACGCCUAUGCCUAUUGCAUCAAGUCCAACCUUUAAACGUUAUGCCACAUCCACAGGUAAUACUCGGUUACGGCCUCGUCAUCAGGUUUCGUAUCCUUCGUCUAUUACGAACAGUAACACAAGUGAUAAAACUCAUGCGGAACGGGCCCCGGCCGCAUUGGGGGACUUCGACCGAUUGCCCGUAGCACACCCCAAACACUCAAAAAGACGAUAUGAUAAUCAUGACGAUGUAGCAGAUAAUGCUAUGGUUCACCACGGAUCUAAAGCAAGUCAGGGAGUUGUGGCUUCGCAUCUACUUGAGACGAUUGGAAGGAGACAACAUCCUUACCCUGAAUCUUCAACUACUAGUGAUUGA